AUGUUACUACUGCCACUAUGCAUAGUUGUUUGCCUCGUGAUUUGGGCGUAUGUCUAUUGGACGGGCGUGAGACAAUAUUGGGCCAAAAAGGGUGUUCCCCAUCUUCCGCCUCACCCGAUCUUGGGAAGCCUCACUUUCCUGCAGCGACAAAAUCCAGGGUUAUGGAUGCGCGAUAUAUACGAACGCUUCAGGUCCCCUUACGUGGGCAUGUGGCUGUUCUGGAGGCCCGCCCUCAUCAUCAACUCCCCGGAGAUCGCGCGCAAAGUCCUCGUCAAGGACUCCGCCCUCUUCAGGGACCGUCUGCUGAGCUCUGGCAAAAGCGACCCCAUUGGCGCCCUCAAUUUGUUCACGGUUAACGAUCCCCUUUGGACUACGAUAAGAAGACGCCUGACAGCCGUCUUCACAGCGGCAAAGCUUAAAAUGACACACGGACUAGUUGCCAAGAAGAAUAAGGAAUUGGUACAGCGGAUCAAAAGAGAGAUGAACCAGAAUAAACGCGUCAACGUACGGAUGGUGAUGUCCGACUACACAACGGACGUAAUCGGAAUGGCAGCGUUCGGUAUAACGUGCGACUCGACAAUCACAGGCGAGGGGCCCCUUAGGGCUGUCACGAAGGAGUUCUCGACCUACAGCUGGAUACGGGGGCUUAACUGGUGCUGCAUAUUCUUCAUACCGGAGCUUGUUGAUUUCUUCAGAUUUUCAUUAUUCCCAAAACACGUGACUGAGUACUUCAGAAAAAUCUUUCGUACCAUGGUUGAUCAGCGAGGCGGAUUGGACGCAGAGAUAAACGAAAACAGGGACCUGCUAGACGCUUUGCUGAAAAUGAGACAAGAGUGCAAAAAGGACAAUGAAGACCUAUCUGAGGAUUUAUUGGUGGCCCAAGCAGCGAUUUUUCUUCUGGGAGGAUCCGACACAACGUCGUCUGCUUUGACUUUCUGUAUCUACGAACUGGCAUUUCUACCAGAUUUGCAGGAGAAACUGUUCAAGGAACAAAUGGAUGCUAUAAGAGACAAUGAACUUGAUGCAAAGCUAUUAUCUGAACUUGUUUAUUUGAACAGUGUUAUAAAAGAAACCCUCCGGAAAUACGCGCCUAUGGGAUGGUUCGACAGAAUAGCAGCGAAGGAUUAUCAGAUCGAUGAAAAUCUUACAAUCACCGCUGGAACACCGAUAUACGUUAACGCGAUCGGCAUGCAUUACGAUCCUGACAUGUUCCCAGAGCCAUAUAAAUUUGACCCGGAACGCUUCUUGCCGGAGAACGAAAAAGAAAUGCAAGCCUUCUCUUACAUACCCUUUGGCGAAGGACCAAGGCAUUGUAUUGGUCGCCGUUUCGGUGAACAAAACCUCCGCUUCACCCUGUCGACUGUUAUACGUAACUUUAAGAUUCAACCAACGCCCAACGCACCACUGCCUUCCCAAGUAGAAAUCGAGAAGAAGGGAUUGUUUCUGGCUCCCGGACAAAAUCUGUUUUUAGAGUUCAUCCCAAGAAAU